AUGACAAUCCAAGCAAACCAAGGCGCCUCUAUCGAGGAUAUCAUCGCAAUCGGACCCGAGUCGGAAAGUGUACAGAAAUGGCGUCAGAGAUGCGGCAUAGAAUCCAGUCUGCAGAUUCGCCUAGUCAAAUUGGCACACAUGCGUUACCAGCACCCCGAUCUGAACGAAAUCACCAUUUUCCUUGAAGAUUUUGGUAUGACCAUUGCAAAGAGAACCGAUGAUGAAAUCUGGUACCGAGGAUAUGGAGUAGACCCUUACGUCUACUAUGCGAAGAAGGGACCUAAGAAGUUCCUCGGUGGGGCCUUUCUGGUAGAAUCAUACCAGGAUCUGGAGAAGGCCACACAGCUACCAACGGCGGGCGAGAUUGAAGAGUUGACGAAUGCCCCUGGUGGAGGUCACAUGGUGACCUUGACUGAUCCUGAAGGAUUUGCAAUGAAUCUGUUCUAUGGACAAGCAUCUGCCGUUCCCGGUAUAUAUCCUGAAAAGCUCGAAAUCAACUUUGAGACCGACAAACCAAGAGUCCGCAGAUUUCAGCGAUUCAAACCUGGUCCUGCAGCCGUUCAUAAGCUCGGUCACUACGGCGUCUGUACCACUCAAUUUGAAGCCUUGGUUAAAUUCUACACCAAAAACUUCAACAUCGUUCCAACCGACUUCCUCUAUAUCGAGGUGGAUGGGAAGAAAAAGAAUGUCGCCCUAUUUGCCCACAUCGAUCGAGGUAACGAGAAUGUUGACCACCAUUCAUUCUUCAUGAGUUCAAAUCCUACAACCCAUGUGCACCAUUGUUCAUUUGAGGUUCACGACUUUGACACCCAGAAGCUGGGCCAUCAGUGGCUUGCAAAGAAAGAUUAUAAAUCUGUUUGGGGCGUGGGUCGCCAUAUUCUGGGUAGCCAGAUUUUUGACUAUUGGUGGGACACUACAGGAAACAUGAUUGAGCAUUACGCCGAUGGAGACUUGGUGAAUGAUCAGACACCGAUAGGCUAUGGUCCUGCGGGUGAUGAGUCUUUGGCUGUUUGGGGGCCCGAGGUGCCAUCUUGGUUCUUGAAGUGA